AUAACUCGUUUUAUUAUGCCAUUGGAAAUGCAGCAGUGAUGGCAAGCUUUGAGUUGUCGAUUUUACUGUGCGCACUUUGGGCGUUUUCUUUGUCAGCAGAUGCGGAGGUUACAAGUAUCCGCCUUGUUGGUGGCAAGACGCCGUUCUCUGGUCGCUUGGAGGUGGAGCACAACGGAACAUGGGGGACAGUGUGUGAUGACGAGUUCACAGUCAACAGCGCAAAGGUCGUCUGCAGGAUGCUCGGAUUUACGGACACCCAGUAUGCUGAAGUUGUCCAACCGAAUGUUAACGGUCCGGGAUCAGGAUUGAUCAUGCUGGAUAGUUUAACUUGCCAUGGAAAUGAAUCAGACAUAUCUCAGUGUAGCCAUGACCCUUGGCGUGUUUCUGACUGCGAUCACUCCGAAGACAUUGGGGUAAAUUGUCGUACUCCAAUUCGGCUAGUGAACGGCACCAGUGCUCAAUCAGGACGUGUCGAGGUGGAGUACCGGGGUAUGUGGGGGACGAUCUGCGAUGACGGCUUCGAUGACCUUGAAGCAAAAGUCAUAUGCAGGAUGUUGGGUUUCAGUGAUAAAGAAGCAAAAGCUUAUGGGCGUGCAUAUUUUGGAGCCGGAACUGGGCCCGUUACAAUCGACGAAAUUCGUUGCCUUGGUACCGAAAAUGACAUAUCUGAUUGUAAAUCAGGCGAGUGGCUUUCACCAAACAACUGCGGUCACAACGAAGAUGCGUCGGUGGAAUGCAGUACGGAGGUUCGUCUAGUAAAUGGCCCAACACAGUUUUCUGGUCGGCUGGAAAUUCUGACUGGCUCUGUUUGGGAAACGGUGUGCUCUGACCUGGUAGAAAACAAGACAGCUAUGGUGGUGUGCAAGAUGCUAGGAUUUGAAGGAGGAAAUAUUUCCGUUUACGAUGAUGGGCGAUUUGGAAGUGGCGUCAUGAAAACGCAUGGCUACGACUGCAAUGGGAAUGAAACAGAUAUUGUCCACUGCAACCCAAACGAGUUUGUUCCGUCGUGUUCCAAUGGGACUAGCGUUGGAUUCAACUGUUACAGUAGCGUCCGCCUAGUGAACGGCAGCAGUGUGAGAUCCGGUCGUGUGGAGGUGCUGCACCAGGGGCGCUGGGGAACCGUCUGUGCUGGCGAAUUUACAAACAGAGAGGCUGAUGUUGUCUGCAGAAAAGCUGGAAUUAGACUUUGGAAUGCAUCAGUGCUCGACAAUUCCCCUUUUGGUUGUGGUCAGCACGGAUACAUUUUAAACAACGUUUCUUGCAACUCGAGCGAGCACGAUAUAGGGCAGUGUCAAAGUGCGCCAUGGAAUGAAACAUCGUGUGAAGAUGGAAACGUAGCAACCGUUAACUGUCGAAUCCUAGUGUCUCCCAUCAGUCUUUCUGGCGGUUUCACUCAACAUGCGGGAUAUGUACGAUUGACGAAGAACGGACGCAGCGGUUAUAUGUGUGCUGAUAAUUUAACUACAGAGACACAGGCUGUCAUGGAUUAUGAAUAUGUGGAUCAACCGUAUUUCAAGUCUGGAUUCAUCACAACUUCAGUUGUGGACACUAUCAAGUGCACGGGUACUGAGGAAGACUAUCAAAUGUGUCCAUCCUCGGACUGGGUUUCUAAUUCGCAGUGCAAGAAUCAAGCAUUUUUGAGAUGCAAGACUGCAAUUCAACUAGCUAAUGGCAAAAGUUUUCUAUCUGGGAAACUUGAAAUAAAUGUUAACAAAACAUGGCUGCCAGUAUGCUCGGAAGGAUUCAGUUCCAAUGAUGCGUACGUCAUCUGUCGAAUGCUUGGACACAAACAUGUCAGAAACGCAACAUUUUCAUUGGAACCAACCAACGGAAACAUCAUCGAUGGCGGUUUUUUAUGCAAUGGCGUUGAAGAUGACAUUUCGCAAUGUACUGGAUACAAUGAGAAAACCUUGGACGCAUGUGGUAGCCGAAUGGCGAUACAUAUUAAUUGCCAAACGAUGGUUCGACUUGCGGAUGGUCCUUCGUCAACUAAAGGUCGAGUUGAAAUUUUCUACAAUGGUGUCUGGGGGCCCGUUUGUCGAGAUACACCAAGCAGCAAUGAGGCGAACAUUAUAUGCCGAUCUGCAGGAUUAAAAUAUGCGUUAGUGUGUGGUCUGACUGAGAUGGGAAAGACACCUGAUAUUCGUUCUGGAUUAAAUGAACCUGGUCUUACCUAUGGCAUGACAUGCCAAGGAGACGAAACAGACAUUUCUCAGUGCCAGUUUGAACACCAUCCUUGGUAUUCCUAUCCAUGGACUCCUCAAUGGUGUUGGCGUCAAGGUUAUUACGAUGCUGAUCGUGCAGGAGUGAUAUGCAGCAAUAACCGUGUAAGACUUAUGAGCGACGUGAACAAUUACCAGGGACGAGUGGAGUUCCAGUACUUCGGUGUUUGGGGAACUGUGUGCAACAAACACUUUGACCAAGAGGAUGCUCGAGUCGUAUGCAGACUUGCUGGCAUCGAUAGUGCAGGAAACUUUACGGUUCAUACAAAUGUUUACAAGUUUGGACAAGGGUCAGGUAACCUGAUUGUAGAGGACCUACACUGCAACGGUACUGAGGCAGAUAUCGACGAAUGUGCGUCGUAUCCGUGGAAGGAAACUUCUACACAGCCACCCUGCAAUUCACAUAAUUUUGAUGUCGGAGUAAACUGUAGACCUGUUACUCCAAUGCGCCUAGUAGGCGGAACUAACUAUUCUGGAAGAGUUGAAAUUGAGUAUGAAGGUAUUUGGGGAACGAUCUGUGACAGAGGUUUCGAUAUAAAUGAUGCGAAAGUCAUUUGUAGAAUGAAAGGAUUCAAUACCGAGAGUAUUGAAAUACGUUUAAACGGAUUUUACGGAAACGGGAAUGGCAGAAUAUUUAUUUCGGAUCUCUUAUGUACUGGCGAUGAACCAGACAUUUCCGAAUGUAACGUGGGUCGUCGAUGGAACAAUACAAAUACCCUUUGCACUAACAUCAACGACGUAGCCGUCCAAUGCAACACACCCGUACGAGUACGAGAUGGUCUAACAUUUUAUUCCGGAAUCGCCGAAGUUUAUAUCCAUGGUGGAUGGCGACGAAUAUGCAAAGACAAUUUUACGAUACAAGAUGCACUUACACUGUGUACUCUGGCCGGGAAAAGAAAUAAUUAUAAUGGGAACGUGACGAUUCAUAACCAGGAUUUCGUCAAUAUGCCGUUUGAAUAUACGCCUAUUGGAGAAUUUGGUUGCAAUGGCAAUGAAGAGGAUCUUUAUGAAUGCGGUUCGGGUCAGUGGGUGAAGUCAUCAACGGCGUGUCCUAGCGGAGAAAACGUUGCUCUCAAUUGUCGUGCUCAAACACCGGUUCGUUUGAUGGAAGGGCUACAAGAAGCAGCAGACAUAGAGCAAAACCCGAUUAUAGGAAGAGUUGAAGUGCAGUACAGACGAUACGAUCAAGAGCUGCAAAAGUAUCGCGAUGACCACUGGGGGACAAUAUGUGAUGAUGAGUUUGGUGAUGACGAUGCAUUGGUACUUUGUUCUAUGAUGGGAUACUCUGUUGGGAAGGUAUAUCGACCAUACGAAGCUUAUGCUUUGUUUGGAAAUGAAACAAUUAUAUUGGACGACUUGCAAUGUCUCGGAGUUGAAGAAGAUGUGUCCGAGUGCAAAGCACGAGAGUGGGGUACUCAUGACUGCGUACAUGACGAAAACGUCGCAAUUUACUGCAACUACCAGGAAAACAUUGAUCCAUGUGACAAAGAAAACUACAAGAGGCUUCCAAAUUUAGAACUGCGAUUAGUAAAUUACAAAACAACUUCAAAACCCAUAAACGAUAACAAAUUGUCGUUAAACUGGUACUUUGUUGGAAACAAUACGUUGCCUGACAAAGAACCGCCUUUUAACAGAUGUGCUACUGUGUUUCCGGUGUACAGCACGGAUCCGAUUCCUGUGCUUGGUGCUGGGGUUAAAUCACUGAAAGCUGAACAAUCUGGCAAUUCAAGUAUCACUUACGAUAUCCAAGCCAAGAAUUGCGGGAGUUACUUUGUGUACAGAUUAGGGCCAACAAAAACGAAGGACAGCGGUUAUUGCUUUGGUAUAGGCUCAGAAAUACCCCCACCAGCGUUUGUUGCCAGGAGCGUUAUCACGGUGCUUGAGAAUAAUAGUGACUCGGUUUGGUUCAGAUGCAAAUUCGACCCAGAUGCAGAACACAAUCUAACUUAUCAAGUUCAAUGGCAUGUUUCCGGAAAUUCAGAGCAUAUUUUAACAAAACAGUACUGUCAAAACACAAACAUGCAUCCUUGCUUUCUUCCCGAGAAAGACUUUGCUGAUAUGCAUGUUGGCAUGGGAACGAACGUUUCAUGCGCUGUUCGUGCGUUCAACGAAGAGGGUGGGCAACCAGGGCAGUUAUCGAUGUUUUCGGAAACAUUUUUUGUGGGUAUCAAGCUCCUAACACCGUACGUCUCCGUUCGAAGAGGUGAAAUGAAGUCGAUUGAAUUACAGUUCACCGUUCCGAUUUUCUGUAGGAACGAACAUGGAUGCAAAGCCACGCUUGAUUACUUUACUCCAGAUUACGGCACGAACUGUCCAGAUGUAGAGGGAGACUUUCCAUCCGGAUGUUCUCAAACAGUCGAGGCGCAACCGUUUGGGAAAAUAUUAAAAGUUGAUGUUGGUGCAGCCGAAACUGGCCAAUACGGAGUUGCCGGAAAGUUCACGCUUUUCUUACAAAUGCACAAAAAUGAAAACGUUGCAUUUUUGGAUGUGCCGUAUAAACUGCCAGCAAUUGAGGUUGAAAUUUUACCUGAAGCCGACAGACAGUGGCAAGGAAAAUUAUGCGGUGCACGAAAUGACCCGCACAUGUACACUUUUGAUGGAAGAUCGUAUGAGCAUCACGCUGAGGAGGGCGAUUACAUUUUGUAUAAACAUACAAAAUAUGAAAAUAUCGAGGUUCAGCAUAGAAUAGCCAACUGCACAGAUGGUAACAGUCUAGCUAAAUGUAACUGUGGCGUUGCCGUAAGGGCCGGACGUGACGUCUACGUCAUCAACGUUUGUAACGGAUACAUCGACAUUGGCUAUAGGCAGUGCUGGGAUAAAGCAUUGACGGUGAAAAAAGAAAACGACUAUACAUACACGAUAUAUCUACCAUAUGGCACUGCGAUCCGGACCCGCAUAGAUAGCGCUCCGUUCAUGGGACAAGCCGGAGGAAGGGUAUUGGACAUUUCUGUGAACCCUUCAAACAAAGAUACCAACGGUAACAGUACAGGGUUAUGUGGAAGUCUAAACAAUGAUCAAUCAGAUGAUUUUGAGUAUCAAGACGCUUUUAUUAAUAUGUGGAAGGUCAAGCUAAAUGCAUCCCUGUUCGCUAGCGAUAUGUACCAUAAGGAUCUUGAACCUUGGGUGUUUCCAACUUGCAGCUGCAAGAAGAACAAUAUUGGAAACAAUGAUUAUACAUGUGACAGGAGUUUAACUGGAUGUACACGAGGUACUUUAACAGGUUAUCGCAGUUGCAAUGAAGUUACAAAUAGUCGACCCGUUCGUUCAGUAAGUGAACAUGUUAAACCAAGACGUAUGCGAAUACCAGUGACACACCAGCGCAGCAGCAACAAAUCUGUAACUAAGAGGAGCACCAAAACUUGGACUGUUGAAUAUGCCAGGCGUCAUUGUGAAACCGAAUUGGAUACGAUACAAACCCUUUGUAAAAAUAUUCCAAACACCCACACAGACGUAUCCAUAGAUAACUGUGCAUUGGAUAUAAUGCUUGCUAACUCCACCGAAUGGUUGUCCAUGUCAAGGCAGUCUAUGCUCGAAACCUGCCAAAAUGAAAUUCAUCGUAACAGUACUGUUAUUAGGCAUUUGAUUGAAAAAGCGGAGGGAAAUCACACAGCCGACAAUAACGGUACGACUAAAGAGGAACUCGAAAAACUCCAAUUCUUACUACAGAUUGGUCAGAAAAUUGAGAAAACGUUUUGCAUCAAUGACUGUAAUGGUCGCGGACAAUGCAUUAACGGUACGUGUACGUGUGAACGGGACUAUGGCGCCAUAGAUUGUUCAAUGAAUUUGACCAAGCCACCGAAGAUUGCGUUAAUGAAUGACGGUCUCUGUGAUACGAAUAAAACAGACUGCUCUGAUAUUGUUGUCAAUGGCGGUGAAUUUUCAUCUUCGAACUUGACAUGCAGAUUGAAAUGGUUCACUGUUGACAUUAAUGGAAGUGUCAGCGAAGAUCAAACAGUAUUGGUACCUGGAGAAGCCGAAACAAUAGGGACGGCAAUUUGUCCUGCAAACAAAUUACGUCAACGUAGAUCGAGUGCAAACACGUUCGUCCGAGGAUUCCGUGUUUCCAUCAGCAAUGAUGGAUACAAUUUCAACGACGAUCAACAGGAAUCUGGUUACAUUUACAAUUCUGAGUGCCAGAUGUACUAUACUAAUUCUGAGACAGCAUCAAAGUUAACAUUUACGCUUAAAGAUGAAUACUGUUUUAUUGAAGACAAAUGUUACAUCAACGGUACCCUAGAUGUAUCAAAAAAGUUUAUAUGUGACCCCGAAACUGAAAAGACAUCGUGGACUGAAUACGUUCUUCCGUUGGAUUGUAAUAACCCAGAAGCGUGUAAGACAAAAUCCAACUCCGUAUGCGAGGUAAUAUCCGGUGUUGCGAAUUGCAAUUGCAAAAGAGGCUACAAACUAGAGGGAGAUGUCUGCAAAAAAAUCGACAGUAUUAUCGAUGACAUUCCGGUCUCAGACGGCCAUGGAAGCUUGGUUGUAGAGAUAACUCUAGACUACAAAUUCCCGGCAAAUAUAAAUAUCAACUCUGAAUUAACAUUCGAGCGGUAUAAAGCGCAAUUGGUCGAAGAGCUUUCAAGCUUCUACAAACAUGAACUGGGCAAUCGACAUGACAAAGUGCAAAUAAGAGACAUCAAGAUUGGCAGUCUCAUUGUUGAUCACCGUGUGAUAUUUGUUCAACGCGAACAUAUUCUAAGCGACGUCACCCUAGCAGUUGUUAAACUAUUCCAAUCCAACAUCACCAUAAUGGGUCAGAAUGCCCGAAUCAUUGGUGUUUCGCUAGGGGAAGAUAAAGUUGCAAUUGACCACGGUAUUGACGCCAAAUGUCGCGCGUUCACAAGCGUUAACCCGUGUCGACACGACGAAGAAUGUAUUAUUGUUGAAGGUGUCCUUCGUUGCGUAAAAAAGACGACUGAUUCUGAGGGAAUUAAAUUGUCCGUAAUAGUAGCUUCUGUUGUUGGGUCAGUUCUAUUCCUGGUUAUUGUGCUUCUUGUUGGCGUAAUUUGCAAGAAAUAUUCGCGGUCUUCAAAGACAAAGAUUGACACAACAAACCUGCAAGGCGUUGAUCUUUGCAAAAUACCAAGACCCAAAAUAACUGGCAGCGAGCUAGGAUCUGAGUACACUAUUGUAAAGCCGGAUGCUCCAAAGAACAGGAGGAGGUAUGUUCAAAAUGAGAACACGUAUGGGAGCUUGACUGGCUACAGCGGCAGUGUUCCAAAUGACAGAUUUUCUAACAAGGACGUGUAGCAGCAAACCUAAAACAACUAUGAAAAAAACCUUGCGCCUACAGUAUCCUAGAUUUAUAUAUUCGGAAACUUUAUAUAUUUAUAUUGAUAAACAUUACUUCGAAACCUUCUGUGUAAAUGCGAAGUGUAUAAUUGGUUAACAUAAGAUCUAAAUGUGAUAAAAAAUGUAAUUGUAUUUCGUGUACAAUGAAGGACAUAAUUCAGGCAAUAUUACAUAAUUAUAUGGAAAAAUUAAUUGAAUAAAACUGUUUUAUUUAACUCUAUUUUAUAUAUAUUUAAUCAGGACUUUUUUAAACUUUAUUUUUAUCUAUAAUUAAUCAGGAUUUUUAUUUGUAUUUUACCCCUAUGAUCGCUGUUUUUUUUAAAUUACAUAAUGGUGUCUACUGAUAUGUUUUUAAUUCCACUUGAUUAUUUUCUUAAAAACUCAUAAAUUAUGUUAACAGCCAAUAUAACUCUUCGAAGCCAGCCCUUUGGAAGAGCAAAACCUUUUUUAAUAUUGGAAACCUUACUUACUAAUGGAAUAUCCUAGUUAUAAGCAUAUAUUUUUAUUUUAAUAUUGUGUACAAAUAUAUAUCUUAUCAUAUUAUUUUUUGGCUUUACUGUUCAUUUUCCGUAUAUUUGUUGCAUUAUAAAUACACAUGUUUUUAGUGAUGUGUUAUAAAAAGUGUUUUCAAAUAAUCUA